UUGGUGGAUUUUUAAUGAAGCAGGCUGAAGCUGAUCUGCCACCUCACCUGUGUGCAAGGAGCAGGUGAGCGUGGCCAAUCAGGUGGCGGCUCUGUGGUGAAAUGCAGACAAACCUGUCAGGCAGAGAGAGAGAGCGAGCGAGCCCCAUAGAGUGAGAGUGGGAACUCCCUCUGUGCGAGGGAGAGGAGAGGAAGGAGGACACCACACUCAGACAUCCAGUGGGUCCCACACGCUGGUCAGAGCACGCCGUGACAUCAGAGUGACAUCAUGAGCUCCCCCACUGAGCAUACAGACGGGCACGGUGAGGACAGGUCUGCUCCAGGGCCCUCAAGCCCCGCCAACAUCCAGGACAUGGAGCUGAGGGAGGAGUGGCAGGAUGAUGGCUUCCCCAGACCACUUCCAGAGGAUGACACAGAAAGUCCAGCAGGAGAAUCAGCUCUGGUCACCAGCCUCACUGGAGGCGGAGCUAAGAAGCGUCUGGUGGCACCGUCUCUGAGUCUCACGCUGAACCGCCGUGACUCGAACGAUCGGAACAGCUUCUCUGCAGCCGCGCUGUCAGGGACACCAGACGACACACCGUCGCUUGACAUCAACCUGGAAGCUCUGGAGACGCCAUCGGACAGCGAGACAGGAACACUGCCGGACAGCAUGCACGACCUGGAGUGGGAUGACGACCUUCCUCGGAUGGGCAGAGGUGGAGCUGUGGGUGUGGCCAGAAAUCCGAUGGAGCAGUCCGAAGGUCUGAUGGAGCUGGAUCAGGUGGACAGCAGAGGGCGGCGCUGGAGGCGGUUCUGCAUCUCAGGACACGAAUACCAUGUCAACAUGAGCGUCCUGGAGCCGUACCUGCAGGUCCUGUCGCAUGGAGGCUACUUUGGAGACGGGAUGAACGCCAUCAUCCUCUUCACUUCUUGUUACCUGCCGGAGAACACAGUGGAAAACUACGAGUAUGUCAUGGAAAACCUGUUCAGGUACAUUGUGGGGACGCUGGACCUGAUGGUCUCAGAGAAUUACCUGCUAGUCUACCUGUGCGCCAUGGCUCCCAGAAAUAAGCUGCCCUCCAUCAAAUGGCUUCACCAGUGCUACACGUCCAUCGACAGGAGGCUGAAGAAGGACCUGAAGGGGCUGCUGGUCGUCCAUCCCGCCUGGUACAUCAAAGCUCUCAUCACGCUGGUCAAACCUUUUAUCAGCGAUAAGUUCAGCAGGAAGAUCCGCUUCAUUCAGAGUCUGCAGCAGCUGUCCGAGCUCAUCCCCACAGACCAGCUGCAGAUCCCCGACGCCAUCCGCCAGUUUGAUGAGAAGCUGAACAGAUGACCCUCUCACACGUCACACUGGAGGGACCCAGGAGGCCACAGGGUCAGGAAGCCUGCUGACCUUUGACCUGUGGCGUGUACAUAUGAGCAGACUGCUGUACGUCUGUGUGCUGGUGGCGUUCGGACUCAGAGAGGACGAACAUGCUAACGGGAACUCUGCUGCUUCUUUCCUCUAAACUUGAACAAACGCUAACUUACUGUUUAUUUAUUGGCGUAUUUAAGACGGCGGUGAGAGCGAGACACCCGACACAUCGCGCCGUCACGUUUCUGUCUGAGCCUCAGAUCUAUGGACGUGUGGGGGGUGGGGCUAAUCGGGCUCUGUAAUCCAGGUGAUAGAAUCGGUUUUGGUUUUCAUGUCCAUGUGAAACACGUGAGUGGAGCUUCACUGCGGAAAGUUGCUGACUGGUUGCUGACUGUGUUUCACUUCCUGUAAUAAAGCAUGGAUCAAGCAGCCUGA